AUGGCUGGACCUCAGGUCCGGGCCGCUGGCACCCAGAAGGCUGGGACUGCCCCACGGGUCCAGGGAGAGCGCUCGGGGAUGGGGGACACGGUCACGGUGACAUGCUUAGCCAUUUGUCCUGGUGGGGAGUCCCGUGGCCCUGCUGUGCUUGUCCUGCUUGCCCCCCGCGUCCCCCUCCGGUGGGCCUGGGUGCUGACAAGUGGCCCAUCCAGUCUGACCCAGAGGUGGCAGCCACGCCUUCCUGUGAGCAGAGCUCCGGGUACAUCUCACCUGGCCAGCCAAGGGGAAGCACUCGCUGCCUUGCCGCCUCCUUCAGGCCAGUCUCAGGGGCCUCCACCCUAUUUCUACUUCUUACUAAAAAUGCUGACUUUAUAG